GGACUGCGAUAGGCUGAUGAUGAUGAUGAAAAAAUAGUGUCCAGUUUGGGGCUAAUGAUAAAUCAAUGUAGAAAUAACAACUUCUAGAAAUAAAACAUAGUCACCCAAUCAAGAAACCUUAGGCACAGCUUAGUAAGUUUUUUAUAGAAAUUAAAAAAAGAAGCUUGUAUCAAAAUGACCUUUGAAGCAAGAAUCUCUGUCUCAAAUCAAUCACUUUAACACGUAGACGCAGGCCCCAGUUUUAUUUUUAAAUGACAAAACGUUCCGAGAUAACACUUAAAAACUUAAGUGCAUGAUGAGCUUUAAAACUUCAGUUCUGUUCAUUUGCACCAUUCCUGUUACAGUACUAACUGCAAAAAAUUCGUAACGUUUUUAACGCUUAUAGUUAAGAGUCAUACAUCGUGAUUUGUUGAUGAGAGCAUAAUCUUAUAAGGAAUGCAUCGAUAAUCAUAUCUAUUUCAUCACAAAAUCAACCAUUUUUAAUUUCGCGCUAAAAAAGUAAAACCUUAUUAUGUCAUGUCCGCAUGCAACUGGCUGGCAGGAAAGCUUCAAAAGGCGUUCGAUACUCGUUAUUUGUAACCAUGGCAACCAUUCAACUGUCUUCGCAUGUUGUGCUGGGAAGAUAAUGGAGUGAAAUAAUUUCGGGUUGUACCUUAAGCAGAUCAAUAAAAGUCGGGUAAUUCAAACGAAUCACGCGAUAUGACUGGAACGAAGGAGAAAAAAGCAGCAAACCCUGCAAAAAAUGGAAAAAAUGCAAAAGUAAAAGAAGAAAAGAAACCUGAAACUGAGGUUGAGACUGAAGUUAAAGCUAAAGUAAAGGCUUUGGGGACUGAAGACGAUGCAAGUUCUACUGGGAGUUCUGGUCCUGAUACUGAAUCUUCAGAAAGUGCCCCAAAAGUAGAAGGUGAAGAAGGAGCAGGUCAGAUUGGUAACGUAGCUGCCUCAACUAUCCAUGUGGAUAGAGACGAGUAUUUAGCUGCUCAUAGAGAGCUCACAUUGGAACGUAACCAGCAACAAGUGCUGAACAAUAUUCUACAUAGAAGACUUGCUGAGUAUUAUAAAAAACGUAAAUGUGAGCACGUGUUGAAACCAUUAGAAGGUGCUGUAGAUAUGGAAGAGAAGUACCAGCAGAAGCUAUAUGCUUAUCAGGAACUGCAGGAGAAAGCAGAGAGGGAAAUUGCUGAUAUAAAAAUGAAAGUGUCAGAAGUAGAACAAAAAUACCAGGAAAGACUGGAGCAUGCCAACACAAAAUUCGAUGGAUUGCAACAAUUGGAGAGAUCCACAGGUUCAGGACUUAUUUAUUCUAGAAAAGGAAAGCCUAUUGCAGACAAGACUGUUGAAAGAUUUCUUACCCUUCAAAGACGUAAAAGUGAGCAGUCUUCGGCGUUGUGCCUCCGAUACAUACGAGCUAGGAACGCAGUUGCAGAACUCGAGGCUGUCGUGAAAAAUCUGGAAACCCUAGGACCCGGACUUUAUGUUUAUCAAUACGAACAACUCAAUAUUGAUAACCAAAACUACAAUACUAAGAUUGAAGAACGAGAAGACGAGCUCAUAAAAAACCGCGCGAAAUGCACAGAGCAUAACCAAAUCUUGGCUCACAUUAGAGAAAAGAUGCAUCACACUGAUGAGGUCAUUGACUUCGCCGAGUGUGAUCUUGGUGACGCCGAAAUGGAAUUUUAUAGGGCUAGAGAAGAUCUUGGCAUGAUCAAGAGUCAUCGAAACAAACUACGCUGGUCUCUAGAGGAAGAGAGACUGAAAGCGGGUCUGCUAACAAGAAAAGAUUUACUGCGCGACUUUCAAGCUUCUAUGGAUGAGGUGGUACAACUGGGUCUGAAGAAGAAAAGUCUCGAGGCACAAGUGAACAAAGCUUCUGAAGAGUUAAGGAACGCGCGCAAGAGUGUACAGUUUCAAGCUAUACGCCAUCACGGGCCGGCCGCACAACAUGACGAUGGUGAUGAUGUUUCACAUAUGUAGACCCUUUACGCUGCCCGCCAACGUCUGACUUUUUUAGGACAGAUAAUCGAACGGAUCUUUUUGUAGGACUACCUGACCAGGACUUUCUGACCGACUUUUUGUGGGAUGUGUGCGUUUCACUAUUACUUUCGGUUUGUUCUAUUUUUCUCCUACAAAAAAUCGGUUACCGAUUAUCGGCCGUGGGUAGUGAUUGCGGCAAAAGGAAACAUUUUUUUUAAAUAAUUUAUAUGAAAUCGUAUGAAACCUCGCUCAACAAAUCGUCCGAAUGUCGAAGAAUCACAGAUAUGACCAUUGACAGAUUAUAUUCCUCAGCCGCUGUGACUCUUUGUAGGUAAACAUCGUAAGUAAUUGUACAAUGGAAUAGAUUCAAUAAAUAUUAUUAUUUUCUUGCUAUUACUUUUAAAAAUAUUAUCAUUAGCUAUAGGUAAUCAGGUGAGAUUUUGCUAUUAAAAUUAUUUGUAAAAGAGAAUACAGCUUUUUCCUGAGAAUAUAGACUGGCUUCCAAAUAUUUAUGCAUAGUUGUCUUUAUUGCUGAUUUACAAAACAGUCUAUUUAAUCAUGUUA